AAUGGUUCAAGGGCCAAUAAUCAAUCAAUCAAAUAUAAACCGGCAGCGAGGUCCGAUUAUGCCUGAUCGAAGUUGACGGGGCCGACCAAUUGAUGCCCCUACAUUUCCCUUCCAGAGGCGUCAAACGGUUACAUGUUCUUCUUUCUUCCCACCUGCAAUAGGGCUGAGGAUGGCAAUGGUGUCGCCAAUGUUAAUGAGAUGAAGACUACGACGUCUGUAGCAACAUUCGCUCCAAUCUCCCUCUCUCUCUCCACCUCUUGGGCUCUUUCUUCCCUUUGUCUAUCUCUUACCGAUCUGCACUUCUCCACCCAGGCGUCAGAUUCAUAUCUGCUCAGUAUCGAGCUUAUGCUGCGACGGCAAUCUCCAUUUCGCUCUCUAUCUAUAUCCAUCAAUCAAACCAAGAACUCACAUCUUGAAGGCUUCUAUUGACAUUCUUCAACCUUUAUUCUGUGUGGAUUCCUUGGAUGGGAGGCGACUCGAGCUAUUCGAAACCCUGACAGAGAUUCCUGCAUGGAUUCUCCACCAGUUGGCCGAUGUGCAAAAAUGAGAAGAUUGACACCUAUAAUAAGACCUGGUGAGUUCGUUUUCAUUCUUCUCAAUGCAUUCUCCAAACUCUCAUUGUCGACGAUCGCUUCGCUCCCUGAGUCAUUACCUCUAGAUACGGAAGCAGUUGAUUUACCUGCCCAAGUUUUCGAUAUCCUUGCUCGACCGGGCUGGCAGAAAAACCCCUUUUUGAAGAGAGUGGCUCCAUCUCUUGCCCCUUUCCAUGUCUCUAGGCUCUUCAGCCUCAACCUCAAUCCUAAGACAGCCUUAGAAUUUUUCAACUGGAUCGGGACAAGGCCUGGUUAUAAACACGACGUUCAGUCUUAUUCAUCUCUUCUCAAUAUCCUUAUUCCUGCUCGAUUCUUUGGUGUUGCUGAAAACAUUAGAAUUUUGAUGAUCAAGUCUUGUGAUUCGGUGGAGGAAAUGCGAUUUGUUCUGGAUGUGACAAGGACAAUGAAUCGAAAUGGGGAACAUAAAUUCAAGCUCACUCUUAGAUGCUAUAAUACACUGUUGAUGUCAUUGGCGAGACUUGCGAUGAUUGACGAAAUGAAAGCUGUUUAUUUGGAGGUUUUGGAUGAUAAAAUACCUCCAAACAUAUAUACCUUCAAUACGAUGAUCAAUGCCUACUGCAAGCUUGGGAAUCUCAUCGAAGCUGGACUAUAUGUAAGUAAAAUAUCGCAAGCUGGUCUGAGCCCUGAUACUUUUACUUUCACUUCCCUUAUAUUAGGGAAUUGUCGGUGUAAGGAUUUAGAUGGUGCUUUUAGGAUUUUCCAGUAUAUGCCUCAGAAAGGUUGUCGUAGGAAUGAGGUCUCUUACACUGUACUUAUCCACGGAUUCUGUGAAGCUGGGCGGAUUGAUGAUGCAUUCAAAUUGUUCUCUCAGAUGGCAGAGGACAACUGUAGACCAACCGUCCGAACUUACACGGUCCUUAUAUGUGCUCUUUGUGGAUUAGGUAGAGGUUCUGAAGCCUUCAGUUUAUUUAGAGAGAUGAGAGAGAAAGGUUGUGAACCAAAUGUCCACACCUAUACUGUGCUUAUUGAUAGCUUGUGUAAAGAGAAUAAGCUAGAAGAUGCACAAGGGAUGUUAGACACAAUGUCUGAGAAAGGUUUGGUUCCUAAUGUUGUAACCUACAAUGCUUUGGUCGAUGGAUACUGCAAGGAGGGGAAGAUUGAUGCUGCAUUUGAUAUGUUGGGUGUGAUGGAAUCAAAAGGUUGUAAGCCAAACACUCGUACGUACAAUGAGUUGAUAUGUGGACUUUGUAAAGUGCAUAAGGUUCAUAAGGCAAUGGCACUAUUCAGCAAGAUACAUGAGCUUGGCUUGUCCCCAAGUCUUGUCACAUAUAAUUCUUUGAUCCAUGGGCAGUGUAGGGAGGGUCAUGUAGAUAAUGGUUUUAGGUUGUUAAAUUUGAUGACCGAGAAUGGUUUGGUCCCUAAUCAAUGGACUUACUCAAUUUUGAUAGACACCCUUUGCAAAGAAGGGAAGUUAGUUGAUGCUCAGACCCUACAUGACUCACUUACAGAGAAAGGCAUAAAACCAAAUGAAGUGAUUUAUACUGCUUUGAUAGAUGGAUACUGCAAAGUCAGUAAGAUUGAUAGUGCCCAUUCUCUGCUUGAGAAAAUGUGUGCUGAGAAUUGCUUGCCAAAUUCACAUACUUACAAUGUACUGAUAGAUGGUUUGUGCAAAGAAAGGAAGUUGCAUGAAGCAUCUCUAUUAUUAGACAGGAUGGUGGAGAUAGGGGUGAAGCCUACAGUUGUUACUUUUACCAUUCUCAUUGAUGAGAUGUUAAAAGAAGGUGACUUUGACCAUGCUCAUAGGGUUUUCAAGCAAAUGGUUUCCUUGGGAUGCCAGCCUGACGUUUGUACUUACACUACAUUUAUUCGUACUUACUGUCUCCAAGGGAAGUUAGAAGAAGCAGAGGAUAUGGUGGUUAAAAUGAAUAAAGAAGGUAUCAUCCUGGAUCCUGUUACUUACAUUGCUCUUAUUGAUGGGUAUGGAAGGUUGGGAUUCUUGGAUUGUGCUUUUGAUAUUCUCAAGCGCAUGUUUGAUUCUAGGUGUGAGCCUUUGCAAAUUACAUAUUCCAUUUUAAUCAAGCAUCUCAUAAAUGAAAAAUGUUUUGGGGAAAAGGGCAACAAGGUAAGUCUCUACCCAGUUUCAAGUGUCACUACUGUUGAUGCCUCCAAUGUAUGGAAGAUAGUAGAAUAUGAAACACUCCUGAAGCUCCUCAUGAAGAUGGAUGAACAUGGUUGCAUUCCUAAUGUUAGCACUUUUCAUGCCCUCAUUACGGGACUUUGUAGUGAGGGACGCUCGGAAGAAGCACAGGGGUUGGUUCAUUGUAUGAAAGAAAGAGAAUUAUUUCCCAGCGAUGAUAUUUAUACCUCUAUUGUCAAUUGUUUUGGCAAGUUGGACAUGUACGAUGAAGCGCUGAGGGUGGUGGAUAUAAUGGUGGAAUGUGGUUAUCUAAUUCAUUUAGAAUCUUACAAGCUAAUUGUUUGUGGGCUUUGCGGCAAAGGGGACAUUGAGAAGGCUAAACUAGUUUUCUGUACUCUGCUUCAGUGCGGGUAUAAUUACGAUGAAGUAGCUUGGAGAAUCCUGAUUGAUGGUUUAAUUAAGAGGGGUCUUGUGGAUAGUUUCUCUGAGCUAUUGGACAUAAUGGAAGAAAAGGACUGCAGACCUAGUCCUCCAACAUAUUCAAUGUUGAUUGAGGGGCUUCCAAGUGGAAAGGAUGGGGCAUAAUUUGUUUACUGUGUUGUCCAAUGUUGCUGCAUAAAUGGUUCUGGACACUUGUUUUCCCUCUGUUUUGUGCAAAUUGAAGAUAGAGGCAGAGAAAGAAACUUUGGGUAUGCUGGUUCUUUUGCACAGAUACUCAUGAAGAUUGGCUGUCUUGGUUUAUUCAAGAAGAUGGUGCCAUCAUGUGUAUCAGGUUGAAGAUAAUGAGGGAAACACUCUCUGACCCUUGAGGUUUUCUUCUUGGAGGUUCAGAGGUUAGUUAUUGCAGCUGCACCAUCCCAAAUGACAACAUUUUCAAGAUCAACAAGAGGAAAGGUAGGGAUAAACCCAUUGAUAACCCACGAGGAGAACGCUCGUCUUCCAAAAAAUUUUCCCUGGUGCGAGAGACCAAAGGCAGGUUUGUACGUAUGUAAAGUCCUGUGGAUCGUAACAGUGCAUGGAAUUGCCACUACUAAACUUGUGCUGCUUAAUGAGAUAAAGUAUGGUGAACAGAAACUAAGAACUCCUGACCAUUCAUUCUUUCAUUCUGCCGGAGGUAACGAAAAUUGGAUACCAGGCGGAAAGAGUUGUAUAUUUACAGGAUAGUUUUUAUUCAGCCUUCUCUACUUCUACCUCAUGUGAAGGAAUUUUCCUAGUUUGUGGAAAUUUUGCUCUAACCUACCCUACCUUUUUCUUUUAAAAUUUGAGAAAAAGGGCAUAGCCGGUGCAUGAGGCUCUCUUAUGUGCAAGGUCCGGGGGUGAUAACUAUAAUUUUUUCUUUUAAAAUUUUUUGUUCUUUAAAAAAGAAAAAUUCUUACAACUGUCUUGAUUCUUUAUUUAUUAUUAUUAUUAUUUUUUUUGGGUCUUUCCAAAUGAAAGAUUUACACCAGUGUAACAGCAUCGAUUAAUCACACAGUAGCAGUCAAUGAGCGUAAAUGAUUCACUUAUAAAGAUUAUUGUGCGGGUUUUGAUUUGA